GAAGGGGGGGGCAGAGGAGGGGAUGGGCAUGGGAUGCGGAGCAGGGGACAGCGGGGGGGAGCCGAGAAGAAGCCCGGUGCCCCCCCGGGGAGGCUGCGGGAGGCUGCCUGGUGCCGGGCUCCGCUGCGGGGGGGCUCCACCGGAGCCGGUCCGUGCGCCCCCCGCGCUGACCGCCGGCCUGUCCCUCUCUCCCCAGCGAUGCUGCACGGCCCCGGCGCCCUGGGGGGGCCGUGGCAGCCCCCGCAGCAGCAGCAGCAGCGGCUCCCGGGGCUCGGCACCGCCUCGGUGCCCAGCGCCUUGGCCCUCGGCGGCGGCGGCGGCGGCUGCGGGGGGGGGCCCGGUCCCGGCGACCCCGGGAGGCGGCGGAGGAGGAGGCGACGGCGACGGCGGCGGAGGAGGAGCAGGAGGAGGGGGGGCCCCGGCCGGGGGCGGCGUGGGGGGCCCGGUGAGCCCUUGGGACAUCGCUCUGUGCGCCACGGGCACGGCGGUGGCGGCGGAGAACGCGCUGGUGCUGGCGGUGCUGUUCUACACGCCCAGCCUGCGGGCUCCCACCUUCGUGCUGAUCGGCAGCCUGGCGCUGGCCGACCUGCUGGCCGGGCUGGGGCUGGUGGGCAACUUCGCCGUGCGCUACCUGCUGCGGCCCCCCAGCGAGGCGGCGGAGCUGGGGGCGGCGGGGCUGCUGCUGGCCGCCUUCUCCGCCUCGGUCUGCAGCCUGCUGGCCAUCACGGUGGACCGCUACCUGUCCCUCUACAACGCGCUCACCUACCACAGCGAGCGCACCCUGGGCUUCACCUGCGCCACGGUGCUGCUGAUGUGGGCCCUGUGCCUGGGCGUGGGGCUGCUGCCGCUGCUGGGCUGGAACUGCCUGCGGGAGCCCAGCGCCUGCAGCGUGCUGCGCCCCGUCACCAAGGACAACGCGGCCGUGCUGGCCGUGGCCUUCCUGCUGCUCUUCGCCCUGAUGCUGCAGCUCUACCUGCAGAUCUGCAAGAUCGCCUUCCGGCACGCCCAGCAGAUCGCCGUGCAGCACCAGUUCAUCGCCACGGCGCAGGCCACCUCCACCCGCAAAGGGCUCUCCACGCUCUCGCUCAUCCUCGGCACCUUCGCCCUGUGCUGGAUCCCCCUGGCCAUCUACUCGCUGGUGGCCGACUCCAGCUACCCCGCCGUCUACACCUACUCCCUGGCGCUGCCCGCCACCUGCAACUCCCUCAUCAACCCCAUCAUCUACGCCUUCCGCAACCCCGACAUCCAGAAGUCGCUCUGGCUGGCCUGCUGCGGCUGCGUCCCCUCCGCCUUCUCCUCCAGGCCAAGGACGUCCAGCGACGUGUGAGGAGCUCCCUCGCUCGCCUCUUCUUCCUCCUCCUCCUCCUUUCCCCCUCUGCCAUCCGCGUUUCCCACCGGGAGGAGCCCCCCCCCUUGUCCCCCCAGCCCCGGCCUGCGCAUCUCGCUCCAUGGGCAGGUGGCCAGAAGGGAGAGAGGAAAAAAGGGGAAGGAAAAAAAAAAAAAAAUAGAGGAAAAAAAAAAUUAAAAAAAAAAAAAGGAGGAGGGAGGUGGAGAGUGGAGAAAGCAAAGAACGAUAAUGGUUUCCUUUAGAAAUGUUAUUUUCGUACACAUUUUAUUUUUGAUUUAAAAACACAAAACACCAAAAAAAAAAAAAAAAAGAAGGAAAGAGGAUCUCCGUACGAUGGAUGGCGUUUGUCUCGUCUCGGGUAAGGAGGCAGCGGGCUCGGUGGUCCCGCCGCCCCCCCGGGGCCACGAGUGGGGGACGGCUUUGGGAGCAUGGGGGGGGCGAGCCCCAUGUGUGUGGGGUGGGGGCGCCCCAAAAUCAGGUGUUGCUCUGCUAUGCAAUAACGGGGGGGCUGCUCUGGCUGGGAAGGGGCAGCCCCAGAGAAGCACAGGGAGUUGGAGGGGGGGAGAUGGGGCCGGGGGGGGGGCACGGUGCCUCCAUGUGGUCUGCAAAGGACUUGUGGGGCCAAAGGCACUUUAGGGGUUGCCUCUAUUUUGGGCUGCUGCAGGGCUGAUGGCAUUGGGGGCCACCCAGGGAACCCACCCCCCAAAAAAAGAAACAAAACAAAAAAAAAAGUGAUUUUUGGCCCAGCUCCCCCCCGGGCUGGCUCCACUCUGCUUUGCACAGGGAUGGGGGGUUGCAUCCCAAAAGGAUCGGGGCUUGCUCAGGUCCCAUAGAUGGCUGGGCAGAGAGCACGGAGCUGCCCGUGGGCACCAGCCGAUCCGCUGGGGGCAGGACAGGAUUUGUCCCAUGCUAUGGGGGGGUCACAGCCACCCGACAGCACCGUGUGUCUGUCCGGGUCCAGCCCCACAAAGCCAAGUGCGUGAAAAAGCAGCUGAGAGCGUCCAAAGCAUGCACGGGGCUUGAACUUGUUUUCUACCUUUCAGAAGUGGCCACUCUCCUUUUUAUUUUUCCUUUUUUUUUUUUUCUUCCUUUUUUUUUUUUUUUUCCCCCCCUCAUUUCCUUUCUAAACACCUUGGGCAAUGGGCAGGAGGUGCAAUGUCGAAUCAGUAUGCAUAUAAAAGUUAAUAUAUAUAUAUUUAUACAGAGUUAUAUAUAAAAGAGUAACCUAGCUAUAUGUACACACCGUUCUCUGCUCCUUUCCUCUCCGCUGGUUUCUGUAACUGCAGCCGGGUCCCUGCAGCUCCUCAGUGUGAGCACCCAACGCAGAGUUAGUUUUAACCACUUUUGAAACAUUGUGAAUAUUUUGGAAGUGUUUUUCUACACGCUGCUCUGGAAGGCAGCAUCCGUUUCCCAUUUUGUAUUUCUGAGUGAGAUGCAGCACGAGCCCAUCAGCUCUGGGCACACCUCGGCAUGCCCACAGUUGUGUUUUCUUGUGUAUCCUACGCUCACUGGUGGAAACAGGGUAAGGUGAGAGGAGGAAAGAAUAGGGUAAAAAGAAAUAGGGUGAGGUGAGGAGGAAGGUGAAGGGGCCUGAGGUAACGCGGUGUGCACUGGGGUGUGGAAAUCUCUGACCAUUUCACUGCACCUUCCUUUCGGUGUUGUUAUUUUAUUUAUUUUUUUAUUUUUUUCCCCAAAGAACAUCUUUCACUGGAGAAAGGUUUGAGUGGAGAUGUUGGGCAUCGGUGAGGGCACCGGGCUGCUCUGCUGGCUGUUGGGGCCCCCUUCUGUUGGCCGUCAGCACCAACCCUCCCAAGCCAGCAAAGCUGCACGUGGGGUGGGAAACGAGGCGGGCACCCUUCGGUGCUGGUUUUGGGGCACAGUCAGCACAGAAAAAACACAGAAAUGUGGUACCCUAAGGAUUUUGGUCCUGAUAUGACAGCCACAAUUUGCUCAUAUCGAAAAAAAGGCGUUUUAGUUGAACCUGGCGUAACAGCCCCAGAAACCAUUACUGUUCUUGGUGGGGGACAAAGUACCUCUUUCUUGUCGAAGCAUCACAUCUGGGGGGGGUGUCUCUAAAAAUGAUCUUGAUAAUCAUUUGUAUUGAUGUGUACUGACCAGCAUCAAGCGCUUGCUUCCUUGUCAACAACUAAUCAGCAGCUACCUUUGAUUGUCAGGAGUAAUUGUUCGAUGCACAUGGUGUCCCCUUGCAACUCCUCUCAUUCAUGCUCGACUUUUUCUCGGGGCGAGGUGGCCGUGCUGCUGCUAACAGCUCCGUCUCUGCCAUCUGCACCACUUCUGUUAAAAGUCCCAUCGCUUUUUGCAAAAUCACUGAGAGCUGCCCUGCCCCUGCCCUGGCCACCCGCAGACCUGAGCCUUCCCACUCCCGCUGGAAAACUUUGCAACACGGAGCAUUGUGGAGAUAAAGGAGAUGUUCAGCAGGGCCGGCCCACAUCACAACGGGUGGCCCACCACUCCUCUGCCCCUGGAUUUGGGGGAUGUGAAUUUUGGGGGCUGUGAAUGGGGGUUGUCCCCAGCUCCAAGUCCAGCAAUGGCUUAGCAAAGCCAGGUCCCUCCGGCUGCACUUGCCAACCCAUCGGCUUGGGCUACAAAUGACUGUCAUAAGGAAAAGGAUCUUAAGGCCAGCCAAAAAAACGCUGUAGGAUAAAGCACUGAAGAGGCUGAGGACAGAAGUAAUCACCUUUGUAAACUCUGCUUGGUGUCAAUUGUGUCUAAACCAAGGUUGUUCCUUUGCUGUUCCUUCCCCUCUCAUCACAUCUGCUUUCCCAGCAACGAGGACGCUUCAGAGCAAUCAGGACAGCAAAUUAUUUUGAUGUAACUGUUUUAACUUGACUGGGAGAGUUGAUCUCAAAGGAAAAUGUGCAGUUACCGUUCGGUCAUGGUAAAGUCAAGCCCCUACGACGCACUUUAUGAGCGAGUGAAAGCAAAUCAAUGCUGUUAUUGCACUGUAUCUCUAUUGUGUAUAAUAUUAUACAUUCAUCUGUAAGAGUAAUUUAUUUUUCUUACUGUAAAUAAAACUGUUAAAGUGGUUUGUCAAGAGGCUAUCCAAAAACGGGGGGAGAGGGUGUUAAAAUAAACACAUUUGAAGACCUGGGCUCCUGGCCCAGGUAUGUGCCAAA